AUGCAUGGGUUGUUCAUGAAUCCUGAUGAAAGGCUGGAUCAUGCUGCCAAUUCUAAAUACCACGGAGAAUUACAUCCUGCAGAAAUAUAUUGCAAAAAAGGAGAGCAGGCUCUUUAUGCGCUCAACCUUUACUUUGAUUUGCCCCCCGCCCUGCUGUGGCACAUCAGCGGUGCGAGUGCGACCGGGGUAUAUUUCUUUUUAUAUCGAUUCUUUUUUUUCAUCCAGGGGAGAUUUGCAUUAUUGAACUUAAAAAAAAAUCGAUGCUGGGUUAACUCUAAAAGAGGUAGAUGCAUUUUCCUGCCUCCCAUCGAGCAAGAAGCUGCCAUGGCAAUUCACCAUAUGCAGGUUGUCGAGAGCUGA